UCGUUCUCUCACUUUUUCCAAUUAUUCUUUUUUUUUUAAAAAAAUCUUUAAGUGUAAUAAGUUAUAAUGAAAGAAACCAAUUUGUUUUGGUAAAAAUCACUAUUUUGUCUUUUUGUUUGUCAAAACAUUGUUUAUGGUAAUAAACAAAAAAACAAAAUUUUUGUUAUAAGCAAAUGGAAACGUUGAUCACGUGGCUUCGCCGUAGUUUAAACUAAACCAACCACUGACGAUAGAAACUAUGAUCAAAGAAAUGGCGAAUCCCAAAUCUCACCUCUUCUCUCUCUCCUUCUUCUCACUUCUCCUCCUUCUUCACUUCCCCACCGUCUCCUUCGCCCAGACACUCUUCAUCUUCGGCGACGGUCUUUACGACGCCGGCAACAAACAGUUCGUCUCUACUAACCGUGUUGACGCCAGCUUUCCUCCCUAUGGAAUAACUCUUGGAGAAGCUACGGGACGGUGGUCCGAUGGUCUUGUCGUCCCAGACUACCUCGCUAGUUUCAUGGGUAUUCCUCGCAUCUCUCCGAUUCUCAGCGUCGCGGCGGACUUCUCUCACGGAGCUAACUUCGCCAUCGCCGACGCCACCGUUCUCGGCUCCCCUCAGGACACGUUGACUUUGUCACAACAAGUGAUUAAGUUUACGGAAAACAAGAACAAAUGGUCAGCUCAAGCACGUUCGGAAGCUGUCUACUUGUUCUACAUCGGCUCUGAUGAUUACUUGAAGUAUGUCAAGAACAAUCCAAACCCCUCUGAUGUUCAGAAACAAGAUUUUGUGGAUCAAGUCAUCACUGCUGUAGAAGCAGAACUGAAGGUGAUUUACGGGUCUGGAGGUAGGAAGUUCGCAUUCCAGAACUUAGCACCGUUGGGUUGCUUACCGGCUGUGAAACAAGCGAACGGGAACGUUCAAGACUGCGUGAGGCUGCCUUCUGAAAUGGCGGCUUUGCAUAACAAGAAGCUGCUGCAGCUCUUGGUUGAGCUUUCAAGACAACUCAGUGGUUUCCAGUACUCGUUUUACGACUUCUACAGCUCUAUCCAAAACAGAGUUAUCAAGCCCAAGACUUACACAUUUGAGACUGGAAUGGCUGCUUGUUGUGGAAUUGGCUCUGUAAAUGGAACCAGUUGCUCGAUUAACAAUGUAUGCGCCAAGCCUGAAGACUAUCUCUUCUUCGACGGUAAGCAUUUGACACAGGAAGGGAAUCUUCAGGUGGGGCAUUUGAUGUGGGGAGCAGAUCCGGAAGUGGUUGGACCGAACAAUCUGAGGGAGCUUCUAGUCCUUCCUCUGGACACUUCAAUCAUCUUAGCUGAGAUACAGGAAGCUAUGGCUGCCACGAGGACGAGACAGAUGAAGAUAGAGUCUCUUUAUGAUAUUAAGAUGGAGUCAGAGAUGGAGAAUCAGUGGCUUUCCCUGGUUGACAAAGCUUUCUCCUUUAUGAUCUAAGAUUUGUGUUUGCAAUAUGUGAUCAAAAAGCCUGGAGCUACUGUAAUAAUAAACUAGACAAGAAACUUAGAUAUCUUUGUUUAAGUUUUGCAAUAAAAUAAUCAGCUUCGAGGCUAAGAAAAACCAAUAACGGACCUAUU